UCUAAAAGUUAAACCUCUGCCAACUGUUUGCUACUUAAGCUUAUUUAAAAAGUGCAUUUUAGAUAGCUGCUUCAGUCAGCUUGCAAUUGCCGGAACCUGCAUAAUGCAGCACUACCAGUUCUUAAGAAAUCUGUGCUUCUUGCUGGCCAUCUGUGGCCUGUCCGGCGUGGUCCUGGCCGCUUCAACGUGCAAUACUUGCCAGGAUAACAAUGUCAAAUGCUUGAACGAGACGCACUUCAGCUUCUGCUCGAGUGGUGUGGAUCCAGAUCAAGUAAUUGGAUGUCCCGAUGGCCAGGUCUGUACAGCUUACCAAAGGAUAUGCAUGCCACAGGGAGCCCCACCCUCUUGUACGGAGGUGAAUUGCCCCGCCUGCGAUGGAUCCUCGCCGUUCGUCUGCAUUAGCAGGACCACCUUCCAGACCUGCAAUGGCAAAGAGCUGGGCGAACAAAUUAUUAAGUGCAAGGAUGACACCUUCUGCUCCAUGAGCUCGGGCAAAUACUGCGUCGACCGCUGUGUAGCCUUAAACUUGCAGUCCACUUUUGAGUGCGACAAAGAGGCCACUUAAAAAGCAUUACUUAUGAAUUCAAAAUAAUUCCAUAAUUAGCUGGAAGUGAUUGUUUAACCUUCACAUUCAGAAUAAAUAAGUGAAUAUUGUCCCAUAAAGGCCUUAAGAAUCUUAUUAUUAAAGUAACUCAGCCUCUAUUAA